AGAGAGAGAGAGAGAGAGAGAGAGGGGUGUAUUAGAGUGCUAAUAGCAGACAGAAGACACACACACACACACACACACACACACACACGGUAGAUGAGAUGAGACUGUGGACGAGCGGACGUUACAAGAUGCAGAGCGUCGCCUUGCUGUGCGUGUGCGCGUGCGCGUGCGCCGUCGGACGCGUCUCAGCUCGCUCCGACGGCGGAAAUGUGCUGGACGACAAGUGGCUGAGCGGAAGAUGGGAUCAGUUCCGAGAUGAGCCUGGAAGCUGGACUCCAUCCAAGGCUUUGGACCAAGGUCUCCAUCCCGCCAAUGACCCCUGUUUGAAGGUCAAAUGUGGUCGCCACAAGGUGUGUGUGGCCCAGGACCGCAAGCUGGCUACCUGUGUCAGCCAGAGGGGGGUUAGCUUUAAGGAUGCCAGCUUGUAUCAGAGUCCUGGCUCAAAGUGCCAGCCCUGCCCUGUGGUCCACCCCUCCCCCGUGUGUGCCACUGAUGGACACACCUACUCCACCAAGUGCAAGUUGGACUACCAGGCCUGCAUCAGCGGGAAGAAGAUCACUGUCAGGUGUGCCAGCAUGUGUCCUUGCCCCGCUACACCUGAAGAGAGGACAGUGUGCAGUGAGUCAGAGGUGAAGGAGGUCAUAGGUCGUCUGAGGGACAUGAUCCAGGUGCUGCAUGACACCAGGAGAGACAUGGUGGAGAAGAAGAAGUUUGAGGUGGGGGUGUGGCCCGCCUGCAAAGAGGCUCUGGGGUGGAUGUUCUCCCACCUGGACACGGACUUGAACCUCCAGCUGGACCGCUCUGAGAUGAGGACUCUGUACUCGGACAGGAAGGAGCCGUGCUCCCACGCCUUCUUCAAGUCAUGUGACACGCACAAGGACGGCCUGAUUGGCGGCUCAGAGUGGUGCAGCUGUUUCCAGCGCUACACAGACUCUCCUUGCAGAGAUGAGCUCGCCUCCAUCAAUAGGAAGCAAAUGGGAAAGAAGCUGCUUGGCCAGUAUCUGCCAUCGUGCGAGGAGGACGGCUACUAUCGCUCCCAGCAGUGCCACAGCAGCAGCGGGCAGUGUUGGUGUGUGGAUCGCUAUGGCAACGAGCGGGCCGGCUCACGCACCCACGGCGCCGCCGACUGCGGCGCACCCCUGGAGUCUUCGGGGGAUCCCGGCAGCGGCGACUGGACGAUGGCGGAGGACGAUGAAGAUUCGCUGGUACUCAGCGAGCAGGACGGCGAGGACGGCGAGGACGACGACGACGACGACGAAUACGUCUUGUAAUUUUAUUUUUAUUUUUUUUCCAAGAAAAGCUUGGUCAAAGUGUGUAGGCCAGCUUGUCCACGGUCCUAACAGUCCACGGACUCAAUCAUCAGUGUGGAUGUGGUCACAUGACCCGCCUCCUCCACUCCCCCGUCUAGACGUAGAUAAGAUAACAUCCUCUUCAUCUCAACUGUAACACAAGAAGAUAAAGGUGCAA